AUGUCCUACCACUGUCUCUCCCCACUCGCCCUUUUAGCAUGGUUUAUCCUGCCGUUUCACACACCUGUACACAGUAAUCUAUACACACACUGCAUCAACAAGGCCGUCGCUGCCGCUGCCGCCGCCGUCUCCGAAGAUUUUCUCUGUCUACGCCAUACUUCCAGACUGGGAGGUCUUCAUUCUAGAAUCCUACUUGGUCUGUACAAACGCACACGUGGGAUGGAGAAAGAGUGCUAUCUGUCAGGUGGACGUAAAUGGCCAAACGGACUACUGCAACAAUAG